UAUUCAAGAUCAUUUCUAUAAGUGAGAGAGUGAUCUCAAAUCCCUAAAAGGUGGUUGAUCAUCGGCGAUUUCGUCUCUCGCGCCAAUGUCGUCUCCAGAGAAGGAACGGUUGCUUACGCCGUCACCAGAACCAACCCCAAAUCCGUCACUUCCGGAUGAUUUGAUAGUGAGCAUCUUAGCCCGCGUCUCGCGAUCGUAUUACCCAAAUCUCUCCUUAGUCUCCAAAAGCUUCCGAUCAAUCCUUGCUUCAACGGAGCUUUACCACACCCGAACACUCUUAAGCCGCACCGAGACUUUUCUCUAUGUUUGCUUAAGCUUUCCUGAUGGCUACCGGUAGCCUAAUCAAACCCUAACCAGUCACACCACUAGGAAGAAGAAGAAGAAGAAGAAGAAGAAGAAGAAGAAGAAGAAGAAAGAUGAUGAUUCAGGUAUCAAUCUUUUUGCUCCAACCCCAAUUCUCAACUCUGCUCCUGUGGAAUGGUCUUUUCUCGUUGCUGUUGGUUCUAAUCUUUACGCCAUUACCGCUGCCAUGGAAGAUUCUCAGUGCUCUAGUGUUUGGUUUCUUGACUGUCGAACUCACACUUGGCUUGAAUCUCCAAGAAUGCGACUGGCUCACACCAAUAGUAACUUUGAUGGGACUAUGUAUUUAGCAGGAAGCUCUGAGAGUCCAGAUUCUUUGAACUGUGUUGAAGUGUACAACACAAGUACUCAAAUUUGGAAUCCCGUGCCGCCCAGAAAACGAGUAUUUAAAUUCGAAGCUAUGGAAGGAAAGAUUUACUUGAACCUUCCUGUAAAGUCUACUAAGGAGGCUGUGGCUUUAAAGCCAAAGGUUUGGAGUUGGGAAGCGUUAGCACUGGAGACGGAUUUGGAUCGUGGUUCUAUUUGUAUGAUAGAUAACAUAUUCUAUCAUUAUGACCCUAUUGUAAGGUUUAUAUGUAGAAAAACUGAAGGAGCAGAUUGGAUAAAGUUAGGGGGUUUAGAUGAGCUACCUAAGUUUGCUAGAUAUAGUACUGUUAAAUUGGCGGAGUAUGGUGGUACGCUGGUUGUUUUGUGGGACAAGUAUGUGCCUGCUAGUGGGUAUGAGGAGAAGAUGAUUUGGUGUGCAGAGAUUUCGCUUGAAAAACGCCGCAAGGAAGAGAUCUUGGGGAAGGUCGAGUGGUUUGAUGCAGUUCUUACAGUCCCUAAGUCUUACAAAUUCGUGUCUGCUAAAUCUGCUACUGUUUGACAGGUUUGAACGUAAUGUAUCUGGCUAAACCGCUUUUCGUUUUCCGGGACUUGUCUGUCUUUAUGAUAAACCUGUAACUCGUUCUGCUACUGUUUGAUGAAUGAUGCAAGAGACUAGCUGGUAAUGCCCCUUUUUGUUCAGAAAUAUGUGUUG